GCAAUGUUAUCUGCAGUGAAAUCUUCCACCGUGAUAUUCCAAGUGUACUGAUAAGGCUAUCCUAUCUUGUUGUUUUCCUAAAUUAUAUUCUGCAGGCUUACAUUUCAAGUGGCCAUUAGGGGCUCGUAUGCUGGCAGCACUAUAUGCAAUGAGUAUGGUUUUAAAAAUGCUGCCUGCCUUGGGCAUGGCUUGUCCACCAAAAUGUCGCUGUGAGAAGCUGCUCUUUUACUGUGACUCUCAGGGGUUUCACUCAGUGCCAAACACCACUGAAAAGGGCUCGCUAGGUUUGUCACUGAGGCACAAUUAUAUUUCUGAACUUGAAAGGGAUCAAUUUGCAAGCUUCAGUCAACUUACUUGGCUUCACUUAGAUCAUAAUCAAAUUGCAACAGUCAGAGAAGAUUCUUUUCAAGGACUGUAUAAACUUAAGGAAUUAGUCUUAAGUUCCAACAAAAUCUUUCAUUUGCCAAACACAACUUUUAGCCAGCUGCUUAACCUGCAGAAUUUGGACCUCUCUUUUAAUCAGUUAUCCUCUCUGCACCCCGAGCUCUUCUACGGCCUUCGCAAGCUACAGACCUUGCACUUGCGAUCCAACUCCCUGCGGACCAUCCCGGUCCGCCUGUUCUGGGACUGUCGUAGCCUGGAAUUCCUGGAUUUGAGCACAAACCGCUUGCGAAGUUUGGCUCGCAAUGGAUUUGCGGGAUUAAUCAAGCUGAGGGAGCUUCACCUAGAGCACAACCAGCUGACAAAGAUUAAUUUUGCUCACUUCCUCCGGCUGAGCAGCCUGCACACGCUCUUCUUGCAGUGGAACAAAAUUAGCAACUUGACAUGUGGGAUGGAGUGGACCUGGGGCACCUUAACAAAGCUCGAUUUGACUGGAAACGAAAUCAAAGCCAUUGACCUCACCGUCUUUGAAACUAUGCCUAACCUUAAAACCCUCCUCAUGGAUAACAACAAGCUCACCACUCUGGAUUCCAAGAUCCUGAGCUCACUGACAUCCCUCACCACCGUGGGCCUCUCCGGCAAUCUCUGGGAAUGCAGCCCAAAGAUCUGCUCCUUGGCCACAUGGUUGAGUGGCUUCCAAGGUCGGUGGGAGCACGCCAUCCUCUGCCACAGCCCCGACCACACCCAGGGAGAGGAUAUUCUAGAUGCAGUGUAUGGCUUUCAGCUUUGCUGGAAUUUAUCGACUGUGGUUACCCCUGUGGCUACGACGUCGUACACGGCUCCAACUACCGAGUACACGAAAAGAAUAAGCUCUUCUCAUUUCCAUGUGGGAGACAAAGAGAUUCCAACUACAGCAGGCAUGGUUGUUACCACCGAAGAACAGUUCCCUGAGCCAAACAAUGCCAUCUUCACUCAGAGGGUAAUUACAGGAACAAUGGCUUUAUUGUUUUCUUUCUUUUUUAUCAUUUUUAUAGUGUUCAUCUCCAGGAAGUGCUGCCCUCCCACACUAAGAAGAAUUAGGCAGUGCUCAAUGAUUCAAAACCACAGGCAGCUCCGAUCCCAAACGCGGCUGCAUAUGGCCAAUAUGUCAGACCAAGGACCCUACAACGAGUACGAACCCACCCACGAAGGACCCUUCAUCAUCAUCAAUGGCUACGGACAGUGCAAGUGCCAGCAGCUGCCCUAUAAAGAAUGUGAAGUAUAAUACCUACAGCCCAUCACAAAGUAAAUCAGAUAAGUAACCUACUUUAAAAUUGUAGGGACCUACAUCAGAUUCUAAUUUUUACAAAUGUUGACA